AUGCUACUGGAUCCUUUAACUCCCCCCCAAGACCACUCCAUAUCUCCUUCUGGCAACGGCACAUACAAUGGAAAUAGCUUCACAUCUCCUGUGGGAUCAAAUUCACACAACUUCACUGGACUUGCGAAUACCUUUGCGCCAACACCAGUGAGCGAUAUGGGCCUAGAUAACCGGGACGAACGGGGGGAGUUGGCACAGCAAGCCGACUCCUAUGAUUCCAUGGAUGAAGACCAAGAUAUGUCAGAUGGAGGUGCGGCUUUGACUAUGACUCUUUCACACGCGGAGGCAUUGAAUGCUGAGCUAGAUCUGCUAGACGCCGAAGUCAUGGGCCCCGAUAACUUCACCAGUCUGCAUAUUGAUACGCACUUCUCAUCUAUGGAAAAUCACCACAACCAAGACGUAUCUCUCCAUACCGGUCUGCCUGCUUUAGAGCCGCAUUCACCUCAUUCACAAGACGAGCAGGAGAACAGCGUUGCCACCGAUUCCAUGAAUACUCCCGAUUUGCCAGCAACAAUGUCACAAGUAUCUCAACACCUGCAACACAUCCAGGACGGGCAAGAACAUGUGGAAUUGGACAUAGUGACAGAUGAACAUGGGACAUUCACAAACAACAGUACUCAUCCCUUUCUUGUGCCCUAUAUUCCUCACUCUCAAGUAAUACAUCAAACAAUGCAUGGUUCUGCUGGACCAUCGCAAGUUGCCGAUUACGUGUCACUCCCAGAUAUCUCUUCAGUUCAGAGUACAGAAAUGACUGCAGUGCUUCCAUUUGCUUUGGAGAGUGGUAUAGGCCUUGCAUCUACAGCCGCAGCAACGAAUGACUUGGUGCAACCUCAAAGCCCCCUAAAUGCAUCUCAUUUAUCUUUCGUGGAUAUGACUUGGGAAGAAGAGUCCGACGCUGACCAGCAUGAAGUGGAAGACCAGUCAAAUUUAAGCCUAGGAGACUUCCUCUACAACUGGGGGAUGUCGACGUCUCCAAACGACGAAUCGAGAAGACGGAACCGAGGUCCGAUUCUGCCUGUACUUCAUCGGCAAAGGUUUGUCGAGAAUCUUCAACCAAUCCGACGUAGUGAUCUACAGGGGGACCUGUGUGACAUCCAGAGGAUCAAUUGGACCGAAUUAGGAGUCUCUCGGCUUGAGGCCAGACAAAUGCGACGACAAACUUACAGCAACUAUACCAAUGUCAGACUUACGCACCAGUGGCAUCCACGGCUUAAUGGUGCGAGGCUAUCGGACCACGAGAACUUUUUCAAGUUUCGGCGAAUGGACUUCGAUCACAAUGUCCACUUGACACAUUUUCAACUUAGGAAUCUCAUGUCCUGCGUAUCCCGAGAUAACAUUUUCUAUACUAGCAAAUCAAAAAUUCUUCAAUGGAACCCCUCGAGCACCACCAAAGGCCCAGAAUCCGUGGUCAUGAACCUCGAAUCUCCAAAUGUUCAGCCAUUCCAUGCGGCUGCUUUUCCAGGUGGCAUUCAAAUCUCUACAUUGGCUGCUGGGCAUGACAUUCUUGUUGCUGGUGGGUUCUGUGGAGAGUAUGCCCUUGUGAAUCUGAGGUCACACAAGGACACUAAGCACUCUGAAGGUCUCCUUACCGAUGAAAUGAACAGCAUCACGAAUCAUAUUCAAGUCCAUUCAUCUCGGAGCUCCUCCUUUCCUGUGGCUGCUUUCGCCUCAAAUGACCAGGGCUUUCGAAUUCUGGAUGUCAAUACAAAUCAGUUCGUCGCCGAGCACAAAUAUGACCAUGCCAUAAACUGCAGCGCCAUCUCACCAGACCAACGCCUUCGAGUUCUUGUGGGUGACACCCGGCAAGUCAUGAUCUGCAAUUCGGAAACUGGAGAGGUCCUCCAGAGCUUGGAUGGACAUCGUGAUUUUGGAUUUGCGUGCGACUGGGCAGAUGAUGGCUGGACUGUCGCCACCGGAAAUCAGGAUAUGCAGAUCAAAAUAUGGGAUGCAAGAAAGUGGACUUCUAGUUCCGGAAUUGCCCAAGCGGUUGCUACGAUCGCAGCUGAAAUGGGAGGUGCCAGGAAACUCCAAUUUUCACCUGUGGGUUCCGGAAAGAGGGUUCUUGUUGCGGCAGAGCCAGCGGAUUUUGUCAGCGUAAUUGAUGCGCAGACCUUCACGAGCAAGCAGACAUUGAGUUUCUUCGGCGAGAUUGGGGGCGUGGACUUUACAAAUGACGGGCAAGACUUGAUCGUGGCCAAUUGCGACAGCAUGAGGGGCGGUAUUAUGCAGUAUGAACGAUGCGAUUUUGCUGGAGACGGACUUCAUGGGCUCGAAGCCUUACGAGAAAAGUCCGACAGAUAUCGCCGGAGAUCGACGGGGUUUGACUGGAUGUCUGAUGAUGAAGAUCUCGUCAGUCAUUCAAAGUCAAGAGGAACUAUCACUCACCGACAAAGAAGGGCAGCACAGCUUGGAGUCACGAUGGACCAUUUCUAG